GAGAGUCAACAAAUCAAGAGAGAACCAGAUUCCACCUGGAGCUCGAGAAUUAGCAAAAACAACAUAUUACACCGGCAAAGAAGCAAGCAAUGGCUUCAUCUUCUUCCCACACGAAAUCUGGUUAUGAAAACAUCACAAACCUUCUUCGUCUCUGCUGGGUCCUACUAACAAUAAGCUCUUUCCCAUUUCUCUCAUCAUCAAAAUCAACGUAUUCAGAACCAGAAUCACAAGACCCCUCAUCACCAUCAUCAGCCAUAUCAAGGUUCCAGCAAUACCUCCGGAUCAACACCGCCCACCCCAACCCCCAAUACAGCGAAGCAGCCGAUUUCAUCCUCUCCCAGGCCAACUCCCUCUCUCUCCACUCCCAGACCCUCGAGUUCGUCCCAGGGAAGCCCCUCGUCCUCCUCAAAUGGCCCGGCUCCGACCCCACUCUCCCCUCCAUCCUCCUCAACUCCCACACCGACGUGGUCCCCACCGAGGACGCCAAGUGCCACCCCCCCUUUGCCGCCCAAGUCGACCCCAACGGCGAUAUUUACGCCAGAGGGUCGCAGGACACCAAGUGCGUGGGUUUGCAGUACGUUGAGGCCAUUCGGCGUUUGAAGGCUUCUGGGUUUAGUCCUCUGCGCACAGUCUAUUUGUCGUUUGUCCCCGAUGAGGAGAUUGGGGGCUAUGAUGGCGCUCGGAUGUUUGCGGAGUCUGAUGCUUUUAGGGACAUGAAUGUGGGCAUAAUGCUUGAUGAAGGGAGUACUUCCUUGGAUGAGAAGUACAACGUGUUUUAUGGGGAGAGGUGUUCAUGGUGGCUGGUGAUCAAGGCCACAGGGGCACCGGGCCAUGGCGCGAAGCUUUAUGACAACACUGCCAUGGAGAAUCUGAUGAAGAGCAUUGAGAGUGUUUGGCGGUUUCGGGACUCGCAGUUUGAUUUGGUUAAGUCAGGUUUGAAAGUUGAUAGCGAGGUCAUUUCGGUUAACUUGGUCUUCCUGAAAGCUGGCACACCAUCUCCAACUGGUUUUGUCAUGAAUUUGCAGCCAUCGGAAGCAGAAGCAGGUUUUGAUGUAAGGGUCUCCCCAAAUGCCGAUCCAAAGUCUUUGGAGAAACGGAUUGCUGAAGAAUGGGCACCUGCUUCACGCAACAUGGCAUUUGAGUACAAACAAAAGGUUCCUGUCCUUGAUAAGUUUGGGAAGCCAGUUCUCACUGCUACUGACAGUUCAAACCCCUGGUGGAGCUUGUUAGAAGAAGCUGUCAAAGACGCUAAUGGAACACUCGGCAAGCCUGAAAUCAUCAUUGGUACAACAGAUGCUCGCUACUUCCGUGCACGUGGUGUGCCGGCAAUUGGCUUUUCUCCAAUCGCCAACACCCCUAUUCUUUUUCACGACCACAAUGAGUUUUUAAACAAAGAUGAGUACCUGAAAGGAAUCAGCGUCUAUGAAUCUAUUAUCAAAGCUUAUGCGUCUUAUGUUGGGCAUGGAAGCAGUGGGAUAUCCAAAGACGAGUUGUGAGAGAGCAAAAAGGGUCAUUCCUGUGAAUAGAGCACGCGGUGGAAGGGUAUGCUGAGGUCUGUAAUAUAAUGGAAGGUGACAAAUCUCCUGUUUAACAUGGUUUAAAGAUAAAAAUUGUAGUAGGAGGCGUCGAACACCAACCACAUACAAGCUGAUGAGUAUUUCUUUUACUAUUAGUUAGAUGUGAUGGUUAUUGAACAUGCUUUUAGCGGGAAAAAUCCGAUAGUCUUUGGGUGUGUUCAUUUACACAACUCAAGUCAUGACUUGAGUUGUGUAUG